AUGGACCGACAGCCGCGCCGCAGGUCGCCACACGCCGCCAGCAGGCCGCCUAGUGCUGCGCGUCCCAACGUCGCCACCAGCAGCGGUGGCGGCGGUUUCGAUGAAACCGUUAGCCGCGGCGAUGGGGCUGCGCGCGAUGCGGACUUGACGCCCGCGCGGUUGGCGGAGAUGGCGGAGCGACGGCAGUUGGCGCAACUGAGAGAAUUGGAUGAUAUGGCGCUGGAAGAGGAAGGGGAGGACGAGGGGGGGGAGGACGAGGGAGGGAGCGGAAGAGGCCGAGGGUGGCGCAGGUCGAGAGGCGCACUGGGGGGCGGCGUGGCGGUGGGCGCGGAGUGGGCAAGUGGGGAGACAAGGGGAGGGGAGGCGGUGGAGGGGGUGGAAGGGGAGGGCGAGAAGGACGCGGAGAGGAGGAGGGCGGCAGCAGGAGAUUCGGGCGAGGUAUGCUCGGAGAAGGCGUUAUGUGGUGCACGGAGAGACGGAGGGAAGCAUGGCGUGGAGGAGGAGGGAGGGUUGGGGCCAGGUAGCAGCAGGCAUGGUGAUGACGUGGAGUCUGGAGAGGAGGAGGAGGGCGAGGAGGAGGGAGGGGAAGAUAUGGGAGAGGAGGGAGAGAUGGGGGGAGAGGAAGGCGAGGUAGCAGGCAGUUGUGAGGAGGGAGAGGAAGGAGAGGAAGAGGAGCAGAUGGGGGAGGGAAGCGAGGAUGGAGAGGUGGAGGCGAGGGGCGGCGAGGAGGGAGCAGGGCGCAGGGCUGACUGUGUGCGGUGCAAUGAGGUGGGGCAGGGCAGUGGCGCGGUGCAGAGAGGCAUGGACGAAGGGGAGAGGCAGGCGGAACGCGGCAUAGGAGGGGCGAGGCGGCCGCAGCAGAGACAGAGGAGGCAAGCGGUGCGAGGAGAGGAGGGAGAAGGGGAGGGAAUGAGAGAGGGAGAGGAGGUUGUGGCGCGUGGGAGGGACAGCGCAGCCCAGAGAGAGGAGGCGAGGGGGAUGGGCAGAGGUUCGAGGGAGGGGGCGGCGAGGGGAGGCGUGCAGGUGAGGGGAGGCGAGGUGGGGGCGGCAGAGAGAGCUCAGGUGCAGCAGAUACGCGCGGUGGAGGGGGAGGCGCUGGAGGAGGAAGAGGAGGAGGAGGAGGAGGGAGACGAGGGGGAGUCGGGAGGGGCACGGAGGAGUGCAAGUGAGCGGCGGAGACGAGCGUCAUGGCGUGGCAGGGGGCGUGGCAGCAGCAGGGGCGCACAUGGGGGCGUGCAGGCAGGUGAGGGCAGGGGUGGAGAGAGGGGGGAGGGGGGAGCACAGCAGCACCUGCUGCAGGCGUCACAGCAAGGGGAUGAGGCAGGUGUGCAGAGCGGUGCAGCGGGCGGUGGAGGUGCCGGAACGGGUGAUGGUGGCGGCGAAGGAGGCGCAGGAGGCGGGGGGGGUGCGGUGGCGGUGGUGGUGAGUGCGGUGGAGCGGCAGCAGAUCGAGCGCAUCCUGGCCAUCCAGGGAGAGGAGCUGGAGGAGGAGGAGAUGGGCGAGGAGGACGAGGAGGGCGAGGACGAGGAGGAGGAGGAAGAGAGGGGGCGGGCAGCAGGGGGCGAGGCGAGGCGGCAUGUGCUGAGCUCCAGCGACAGCGAUGACCCCAGGGGCGAUGGAGACGCGUUGAGGGUACGAGGAGGACUCACAUUUGAUCCGGCCAUCACAUCGCUGCACACAUACCUUGGAGAGGGGGACGACAUCACGGGAGCACAGGCGUUUGCUGAGGGAGGCACCAUUCUUUGCCUACCUAUGUUCUAUCUCCAAGGCAUCGUGCUGUUCCCCGAGCAGACGCUGCCGCUGCGGGUGCAGCAGGCGCGGUUCAGAGCGGCCGUGACACGCGCCAUGGGGGCCACGGGGCAGGCCGCCCACCUGCUGGGCGUGGUGCACGUGCACAUGGACCCGCAUGGAUUUGACAUCCGAGUGGCAUCCGUGGGCACAACAGCAGAGAUCCGGCGGGUGAGGCAGCAGGAGGACGGCAGCAUGAGUGUGGUCACGAGGGGUCGCCAGCGCUUCCUCGUGCGCCGCGCCUGGAUGGACCCCGACGGCUCCCCGGCCGCGGAGGUGCAGAUUCUCGACGACGCCACCCCCCUGCGCCUGCCAGCUGCCGCCUUCUCCCACUGCCGCGGCAUGCGGGCGGCAUCCUCCAGCUGCAUGCGAGAGGCAGUGGGCGGCAGGGGGAGAGAGGGGGCGAGGGGUGCAGAGCAGGGCGGUGAGGAGGGCAGGGCCGUGGGGAUGGCAGACAGGGGUGCGCCGCAUGGGCACCGCAGAGGGGCUGCUGCAGGGGAUGGUGGGCGUGGGGGGAGGGGAGAGCGGAUCAGGGGAGGACGUGGAGGGAAUGGGAGGAGAGGGAGUGAGGAGGAAAGAGUGAGGCGACGGGAGGAGAGGAGGAGGGAGCUGGUGAGGAGGCUUAUAGAGCAAGGUGACCAUAUGGAGGGCGAGGAGGGAGGGUGGAUGGAGGAGGAGGAGGAGGUGGAAGAAGAAGAGGAGGAGGAGGAGGAAGAAGAGGAGGGUCACGAGGAAGAAGACGAGGACGAGGAGGAAGAGGAGGAGGAUGAUGAGGAGGAGGAGUCACAACGAGACGAUGGGGAAGGGGAGGGGCGGGUUCGGGAGCGGCGCAGGGGAGGGGGGCGGUGGUGGCAGCGAUGGGUGGCGCCCCUGAGACGCAGGGAGCGGCGACGAGAUGGGGUGCGGGCGAGAGGGGGGCAGGAGCGCAGUGGAGGGGAAGCGAGUAGGGGAGGAGGAGGAAGGGGGGCUGUUCGGGCUGACAGCGGCGGCAGCGAGGUCCCGAGUGGUGGGGGCGAUGGAGAUGAGCGGCGAGAGGAGGGCGAGGAGGGAGUGGAAGGAGACGUGCGACUGAGCAGGCUCUUGGGGCUGUUUGGAGUGCGGGAGGGUGAAGCAAGGGAGGAUGGGGGAGGGAAUGAGGGGGAGGAGGAGGGGAGGGGGGGGGAGGGGAGGGGAGAUCAAAGUAGCGCGGGCAGCAGGAGGAAGAGGACAAGGUGGGAGGCGUGGGGAGGGGCGGCGGAGCGGUGGGCAAUGGAGGAGGUGCAGUGGAGGAGGAGGGCGGCGCGGGCGGCGUGGCCCCACUGGGUGUACCGCAUGUUUGACGCCCUCAAUCUGGCCAGGCGCGUGGCAGGUGAGGCGCGUGGCAGGCGCACUCUGGACAUGUGCGCGCACCUGCUACCAGCGCAGGCGCAGCAGCUGCAGGGGCUGGUGCGGGCGCCGGAGGCACUGUCGUUCGUGGUGGCGGCCAACAUGCCCAUCAGCGACCGCCACCGCCUGCACCUGCUGCAGGUGUGCCCUCCUCACCGCCCUCUGCCACUUACCAAUGUCACACGCACUUGUGCUGUUUUGCCUUGCUUGGUGCUCUAG